AUGAGUGGUAAGAUUUAUCCUGAGGACAAGGAAGCAGCAAAAAUCGUCUAUGAUAAGAUCAAAGGCGAGAGCUGUGAUACUAUUUCUUUGUUCGAAGCAGUUACAGCACUUCGUCAACUCGGGAUUGAAACAGAUACAGACACAUUGUACAAAGAAAACAAGCAAUGGGACAUUGGAUUCGAUCGAUUCUGCGAUAUCUAUGGCAAUAAGGAAGAAGAGAAAGAAAUGAAAGAACUUCGUAAAUACGUUUCACAAUCAUUCGAAGCACUUGGUGGCAAACCAAAUCAACAAGGCAUGAUAGACAUUCCAAAACUUCAAGAAGUUUUUAAGUUCUUUAAUUUUGAUCUUACUGCGGAAGAUUUUCUACUUCAUGGCCAGUACGAUACUAGUAGCAAUAUCUUAUUUGAUGAUUACAUGCAAAUAUUCGACAUGAAUAGUCACCCAUAA